GAAGGGGACGAUGGUCUCGACAUAUGGCUGGAAAACAUGCUGGAGGAGCCGACAAGUCCAAUAUACCGGCCAUCAUACGUACGAGAUUGGCCAAAAGGGUGUGGUCCGCAAUCUAAGCUUAAAACUAAGAAGCGCAAGACCAAACGAGCACGAAGGAAGCGCAAGGCAAAGGCUAAGGAAUCAUACUGUUGGUGCAAGCCUUGUACAAGGAAGAGACGAGCACGAAAGAAGGAGGCUAGAAGGCGUGGGUUGCGAUGGGAGAAAGAUGGAUGGUGGAUACCGGCCGAUGAUUGUGAGAGGUUAAAGGGUUGGGACCCAUGGCCCGAACAAACGGUGACGAGCGGCGACAAGAAGGUUGAUGGCGACCGGCUAAUGGGCGAAGGGUGCGCAUCGGCCCAUGAUACGCGCGGUUGGACGGAGCAGGAUGAUGUACGCGGGAGUUCGGUUGGCAGGCAAGUCACGGACGUCGACUGGGACGCAUUGGCGUUCGGUGGCGUGAUGUCGGGGAGCGAUAGGCGCGCGGGUGAGCGGUCCACUGGCGAGGGAGGUGCGUGCAACGCAGCGGGCGCACGGGGAUGCGCAGGAGACGAUCAGAGCCCGCGGGCAAGGGAGGCGACGCGCGGAGUAGCGCGUGCGGCGCACGCCCAUGCCUCCUGCUCCCGCCGCGCGCGUGAUACCCCGCCAUUCCGCAUGCCUCAAGGGUUGAGGCUUCGUGCCUCGCGCGUGUUUCCCCAUCGGCAGUGUUGCGAACGCCGUGGCUGCCAGCUGCCUUAUCGCGUGUGUGCGCCCCACCCGCCUUGUCGCUUGCCUCGAGGCAUGAGGCUUCGUCCGCUGCGCGUGCCUCCGCUGCGCGCGACCUUUUUGCGCGCACGCUCGCCAAGCCCGCACUACGCGCGUCAUCACCAGUCGCCCGUGCCACUGCUGCGCCUACCGCUCGCGCAUCCGUGCAUGCACCAUUUUUGCUUGCCCCGCGCGUACUCCCCUUCUGAUCGUAGGGUGAUUGUGCUCGUAGACAACGGAUCAUCACACAACUUCAUUAAUGCUGACUUGUCCCAGAAGCUGAAUUUGCCAACCACGAAGAUUAAGCCUUUUGAUGUACGAGUAGCUAAUGGUGAGAGGCUGCAAUGCACUAAAUCUUUUCGAAAUGUGUCGAUCAAGUUCCAAGGAGUUACGAUAAAGGCUGAUCUCUAUGCUUUACCCCUAGUCGGACCUGAUGUCGUUCUAGGAGUACAAUGGCUCGAAGGGUUAGGCAAGGUGACCACCGACUACCGAGCUGGGGUUAUGGAGUUCAAGUCUGGAGGUCGACAAGUCACACUGAGCACGGGCACUGAGAAAGGUACUAAAGAAGUUGGAUUGAAGAGUAUUGAAAGAGUUUGGCGAAGCGGCGGCCAAAUAUUCGCAGUAGUGGUUGAAAGUAAGGGUACGCACGCGGAAGAGGCUGUGCACCAGCAAGGCGAU